CAACUCUGAGAGUAUCCUAACCACGGGUGUCUUCGUUUAUACCCCAUUUUUCACUUUCUCAGUUUCUGAAUUAUCUGCCUACCUGCUCAAACCAAGCAGGCCACUUCUGUUGCUGAAGAUCUCAGCACCUGUACAUCGCUGCCGAAAUUCCAGGGAGUAUAACCAACAACUUGAAAGAUGGAGAAUGAAUAUAAGAGACUUGUUCUGCUGGAAGGACUUGAAUGUAUCAAUAAGCAUCAAUUCAGCUUAUUUAAGUCAUUGAUGGCCAGUGAUUUAAGACUGGAAGAAGACAACCAAGAGAAAUAUACCACGUUUCAGAUUGCUAACAUGAUGGCAAAGAAAUUUCCAGCUGAUGCUGGAUUGGGCAAACUGAUCAACUUUUGUGAACGUGUACCAACUCUUAAAAAACGUGCUGAAAUUCUUAAAAAAGAGAGAUCAGAAGUAACAGGAGAAACAUCACUGGAAAUAAAUAGGCAAGAAGCAGGUCCUGCAACACCUACAUCAACAAGCCACAUGUUAGGUUCUGAAAGAGGCGAGACUUCCGAAACCCAGGAAGAGACUUCCACAGCUCAGGCGGGGACUUCUACAGCCCAGGUGAACUCAUUAACAGGGCAAUGGAUAUAAUUUCAGAAAAGGAAAGGUAUGAGUGAAGAAAAGACUGAAGUGAAAAAGACCAAGGCAUCUGGGAAAGCGGAUCAGCCUCCCUGUUGUGAAGAAUUCAUAGCCACAUGCCAGUCACCAAUAUCCCAGGUCUCAUCUUCGGCUUCAUCUAACAUUCCUUUGGCUAAGAACCAAAAACCACAACCCCAAAAUCAGAACAUUCCCAGAGGUGCUGUUCUCCAUUCAGAACCCCUGACAGUGAUGGUGCUCUCUGCAACAGACCCAUUUGAAUAUGAAUCACCAGAACAUGAAGUAAAGAACAUGUUUCAUGCUACAGUGGCUUCAGUGAGCCAGUAUUUCCAUGUGAAAGUUUUCAACAUCGACUUGAAAGAGAAGUUCACAAAAAAUAAUUUUAUCACCAUAUCCAAUUACUUUGAGAGCAAAGGCAUCCUGGAGAUCAAUGAGACUUCCUCUGUGUUAGAGGCUGCUCCUGAACAAAUGAUUGAAGUGCCCAACAGUAUUACCAGAAAUGCAAAUGCCAGUCCUAAGAUCUGUGAUAUUCAAAAGGGUACUUCUGGAGCAGUGUUCUAUGGAGUGUUUACAUUACACAAGAAAAAUGUGAAAACACAGAACACAAUCUAUGAAAUAAAAGAUGGUUCAGGAAGUAUAGAAGUUGUGGGGAAUGGACAAUGGCACAACAUCAACUGUAAGGAAGGAGAUAAACUCCACCUCUUCUGCUUUAACCUGAAAAGAGAAAGCAGACAACCAAAGUUAGUGAGUGGAAACCACAGUUUCAUCAAGACACCAAGGAGAGGAACUGUACCAAAGGAGCCUUCUAGGGAAGAAGGUCACCAUCAAGGUCCCAAACAAGUGAUGGUGUUGAAAGUAACAGAACCAUUUACAUAUGACCUGGAAGAAAAGAAAAGAAUGCUUCAUGCUACCGUGGCUACUGAAACUGAGUUCUUCAGAGUGAAGGUUUUUGACACAGGUCUAAUGAGCAAGUUCAUCAAAGGAAAGAUCAUUGCCAUAUCACAUUAUUUUGGGCGCAAUGGGUUUCUGGAGAUACACAGCUAUUCCUCUGUGUCUGAUGUGAACAAAAACCCACCAAUGGUUGUCUCAGAUACACUGAAGCAAAAAGCUAAAGCAACUCCCAAAAUUUCUUAUCUUUUCUCACAAACAAUGGGGACAUUUGUGAAUGGAAUAUUUUUAGUAAUUAAGAAAACUGAGAGGAAUAACGUCAUUUACUAUAGAAUUGAAGAUGAUACAGGGAGAAUGGAAGUGGUGGUUUAUGGACGACUCACCAAUGUCAAGUGUGAACCAGGCAGUAAACUUAGACUUGUCUGUUUUGAAUUGACUUCCACUGAAGAUGGGUGGCAGCUGAGGUCUGUAAGGCACAGUUACAUGCAGGUCAUCAAUGCUAGAAAGUGA